UGUGAACCAAGCCUUAUGACAUUUGACGUUCAUUUCAUUGGUUUUACCGAGAACACGUUUGGCGUUGUAAUAACGAGAAGACGUUUUGUAUCGAUUUCAAAAUUAUUCUGCUAUUCGAUUGUUACCACUGAGUUCUCGUGUUUUGAUACAACAUUGACCAUUGUGAAGUUUGCAUUUAAGAUGGCUAAAGCUCCAGCUGUUGGUAUCAGUUUGGGUACAACGAAUUCGUGCGUUGGUAUUUUCCGGGAUGGAAAGAUUUCAAUUAUUCUCAACGACAAAGGUAACUUGAAAACACCAUCCAUCGUUGCAUUCACCGAUACUAAACGUCUAAUUGGUGAUGAUGCAAUGAGUCAAAUGACAGAUAAUCCACUUAAUACAAUUUUUAACGUCAAACGUUUAAUUGGACGUAAGUUUAACGACCCAGUCGUUCAAAAUGACAUGCAGUAUUGGCCAUUUAUUGUUAAGUCUUUCGACUCAAAGCCAAAAGUUGAAGUUGAAUACAAAGGCGAAAUUAAACAAUUUUUCCCAGAAGAAAUUUCGGCAAUGAUUUUGUCCAAAAUGAAGGAAACUGCUGAGUAUUAUUUGAAACAACCCGUAACUGAUGCUGUCAUAAGCGUUCCAGCUAAUUUUAACGAUUCACAACGUCAAGCAACUAAAGAUGCUGGUACCAUUUCUGGUUUGAACGUUCUUCAAAUUAUCAAUGAGCCGACAGCCGCCGCCAUGGCUUAUGUAAAUGGUUUGGACAAGAAAGACGUCGGAAAACUUAACGUUUUGAUCAUUGACUUUGGUGGUGGAAAAAUCGAUGUUAGUAUAGUGGAAAUCGUUAUGGAAGAGAAAUCAAUUUCUGUACUAUUUACUGCUGGAAACACACAUUUAGGCGGAAAGGAUAUCGAUGAUUGUUUGAUAAAAUAUAUCACGGAGAAAUAUGAAGUCGAUUUUAAUCAAGACAAAAAGGUCUGUCUACGCAAAACCAUUGAAAAAGCAAAAGAAAAUUGUCCAAAAAACUCAACAGACUAUGUCAACAUUUCUUUCGGAUUUAAUGGUAAAAAUUACAUGGAUAAAAUUUGCCAAACUGAUUUCGAAAAUAUAAUCAAGUCGGUCUUGUGUAAAUUAACGAAACUGGUUAAAGAAGCCAAAGUUCACGCUGAAACUGAAAGCAUCAACAUUAACGACAUCAUUAUGGUGGGUGGUUUAAGCCAAUUUCCAUUGUUUGAAAAAAUCGUAAAAGAAGAAUUCCUGGACAAAGAAAUUCACAUCAUCAAUGAGGAAUUAGUUUGCCAAGGCGCAAGUAUCCAAGCUGCAUUCUUGCAAGGUGAAACAUCGAUCCCUGAAUAUUUUCGUCCAGAAGAUAUUACUCCAUUUCCAUUGGUAGUUUUGAUGUCAAAAUAUGACAAAAAUAUCAAACGUUUCGAAAAAAUUCCAUACCACGAAGCUAGGCGGCUUACAUUCUUAAAAGAAAAAUCGAUUAAUAUUCACGUGUUCGAAGGUGAGGAACAAAGCCUGUUGGGUGAAUUCAAAUUGUCGGAAUUUGUUCCAAAUACAGUCGAUGUAAAUUUCGACAUCGACAAGAACGGUAUUUUUAAAAUCACAGCUAUCACACAAAUAGAUGGGCAAUAUCAUAGUGCGGUCAAAGUUACCAGUGAAAAAGGUCGUUUGAGCACAGAAGACAUCGUACGUAUCCAAGAGAAAGUAAACAGGAAGAAGGAUUUAAAAGCUGCUGAGCAAUUUUUCCGAUCGCAUUGUUCGUUGUUGAAAAAAAAUGCUAGGAACAUUCUGACAGAAUGUGGUAAAUUCGAAGGAUUGUUGAAAUCGUCCAAAAUAGAAUCCAAAGAAACAUACAAACAAUAUCGCACAGAUCUCGAAUCAAAAUGCAAGACAUUUAUCAUCAAUCUAUGUGAUGCAGCCUCCGUUCAUACUGGUGCUUCAUCUCGUUCGAGCUCUGCUAUGUCGAUUGGACGACCACCUCUACAAGUUUCUUUUGGAUCCGAUGGCGAAAAUGAGAAUAAGUGCAUCAUCGUUAACGAUUCAAAUAUAAAAGGUAAUUCGUCCAAACGUUUCAUGAACAAGACAAAAAAAACAUCAUUACUCGUACAGUGCUUGAUUAAGAACACACUUAUUAAGCACAGAUUUGACAGACCAAAGUAUCUUUCUCAAAAUGCAGGUAGUGAUUUGGACAAAAUUUAUCUUCAUUUACAGCUAACUAACCUACGAAGUUCAACAAAUCAUCGAAAAAAGACUCAUCGAAAAAAUUAAGUUACCAUUAUCAUUAUUUAUCCAUUUGGCUCGUUGUUUACUCAUUAAGAGAAUUUAUUACUUUUCUAAACUACUCACCUCAAUGUACAAUAAAUAGAAAUCGAAUAAAACAGUUGAUAUCUCUUAAACAAAACAA